CCCCGCAACCCGCCCACCACCCUCCCUCUUCCCUUCGGUGCGUCUCUGUCCGCCCGCCCGCAGCAGUCUCCUUCCCGGCGAGGUUUCACUACAGAGAUGGCUGCGAAAGUGUGCAGAUCGAUACUCCUGUUGUCCCGGAGCAGCGGAGCGGUGGCCGGCAGCCUCCCCGCACUUGUUGUCUCUUCACAGCGACACCAUCAGCACAUACGACCGCAGGACGUACUGUCUGCUCCUUUCACCCGCCAGACUGUCAGGAGAGCACAUGGCCUACGGUCAGCAGCCCAGUGCACACUCUUCACCCAGCCUCCCACUGCCCUGUCUCCACAGGUUUGGAGGGGCAGCCCAUCAUGGCAUGGUCAGAGACUGUUGUGUUCCUCCGCUGCUCCAGAAGAGGUGACGGUGGCUUAUCAGAAUGGGCUGCCGGUGAUCUCAGUCACGUUGCCUUCCAGGCGAGAGCGCUGCCAGUUCACCCUCAAGCCUCUCAGUGACUGUGUGGGAGUUUUUCUGCAACAGCUCCAGGCAGAGGACAGAGGCAUUGACCGGGUAGCCAUCUACUCCAUAGAUGGAGCAAGGGUUGCCUCCUCCACAGGUAUAGACAUCCUGCUGCUGGAUGACUUCAACCUCGUCAUUAAUGACACCACAUACCUCGUGCAGCCACCGAGAAGAGAAAUACUCCCCCACGAGGAGGCAGAGAGGCUCAGUGAUGUCAAGUUCCUGGUGCAGCAGCUUUACACCACCCUGCGCAUCGAGGAGCACCAACUUAGCAAAGAGCGUCAGCUGAUUGGACGACUGGAGGACCUCAACUCUCAACUCCGCCCCCUAGAGAAGGUGAGGCAGGAGUUGAGUAAGAAGGCGGAGCGGCGCACCACCUGGGUGCUGUGGGGGGGCAUGGCGUACAUGGCCACCCAGUUCGGCGUCCUGGCCCGGCUCACCUGGUGGGAGUACUCCUGGGAUAUCAUGGAGCCUGUAACCUACUUCAUCACUUAUGGCACGGCCAUGGCCAUGUAUGCCUACUUUGUGCUCACACGUCAGGAGUAUGUUUACCCCGAUGCUAGAGACAGACAAUAUCUGCUGUUCUUCCACAAGGGGGUGAAAAGGACACGCUUCGACAUCGAGAAGUACAACAAGCUGAAGGAUGAUAUUGCCGAGGUGGAGUUGGAUCUGAAGCGUCUUCGGGACCCGCUCCAACUCCAGCUCCCAGUUCAGCAGCUCACCACCAGUGAAAAUUGAUAGAACGAGUGACUCCCUCCCUUCUCGGCUCCUACAAGCUCCUCUCCCUCCACCUCCCUGCUGUCCAACACUCUUCUCCAUCUCCUUUUACCCACAACAGUUUCACACCUCCUCUCCCUCUACCCACCAUCCCUCCCACACUCCAAACUCCCCUCCCCUUCUUGACUGUAGGAGUUAGAAUCUUUUUCCUCUUUUUUUUUUUUUUUUGUUAUUUCUUUUUGUUUGAAUUUUUUUUUUCUUUCUUUCCUGACUGAAAACUCCAGAUGGAAUUGCAAGUUAAAAAAAACUUCUGAAAGACAAAGACGACAAUGACAAGACCAAGCAAAGAAGUCUCGUACCCGGCGAAGGUUGGUGGCGACGAUGGAUAAAAGGACGACGACUUUAAAUGACGACGAAAUAAAACUGGGCACUAUGGAUAUGCCUCAAGUCUCCAGAGAGAGAGACUUAAGUGACCUCCAGGGACAUCGGGAAUGAUCACACCUUUAGACGCUCCAGGACAGAGGACACACAGAAGGGCAUUGUUGAGUGUGUGUGUGUGUGUGCAUGCGUGCCUGUUUGUUUGUGUGUGUGUGUGUGUGUGUGUGUGUGUGUGGGACUUCAGGGUACACUGGGACAAGGGCCCCGACCAUCACGCUGCGGAUUGACACAGCAGUACAGUCUCGCUUCCUUGAGCAGUCAAACUGUCAACACACACACACACCUACUCUUGGUUGGGGGGCCGGCUCCAGGGAGAGACUCUAUCCCAAAUGUUAAAGUUUACAAGAAAGUCCCGACUGCAGUUGCACCAUCAGGGAGACCUUUGGCGUCUUCCCUGAAGCCGAACUCUGCUGCCUCUCCCUCCCUGGGCCACGCCUCCUCCAGGUAACAGACAGCUGUCCUUCCAGUCGUGACCUUUGUCGGGAGCUUGUCUCGGCUCACAGGACGCAGGCACGGCGACGCCUCGUCUCCUCUUCCUGUUGAUUUCCUGUAGCGGCCCGGUCUGCGCAAGUAGGAGAGUACUACCGACAACAACAUCACUGUGUGUUCUUUUAUUCCAAAAAAAAAAGAAAAGAAAAAGAAAAAAAGAAAAUAUUUUGGCACUUUUUAUUUUGAAAGCCAUAUUAUAUUUGUUAUGAGAAGAAUAUAAAUCUAUAUAUGUAUACAAUCAAAUAAACAGAUGACCAGAGGCUAGUUUCUUUCAGUGGGGGGAGGAGCUCUCCUGCGAAACCUAAUUUUGUGACAAGCUCAUAAAGAUCUCCCCCAUCGAGAAGGACCCCACCAUUGCACACCUGCGACAUCACAUACGCACAAAGAAAAAGAGGAUUAUACUGAAUGCUAUAUCAUAUCCAGGUAUCACUAAGAUAGGGACAAAUGGCUUUGGCUGGAAUUAUGGACAGCCAUGUUGUCUUUGACAUCUGUUGUCUCACAAACACAAAUGUCCACACUCUUGGAAAACAAAACAUAACAUUUCUUAAAGAGAUCUGGCAAAAGAAGAACAAGCUGUAGUUACAUAUUGGUUUUGAUUCAGAAUUCCAGAGAGACGAAGACAAUGUUCUAAAAUAUUGGUGUUUUGAUGACGAUGGAGACGAGGUGGAGAGCACUGACUAACAUGUCGGUCCAAGGUCUGUCACAGGUGUCCAGUUGGUUUGGGAUCUGAUGACGACAAAGGCCACAUCACAGCAUACAUCUCGCGUCAUUUUCACACUCAUCAAACCAUCCAAUGACCCUUUAUGCCCUAUGGGUAGUGAUGUUGUCCUGUUUCUCCCCUAUUUGUAUAGGUGUUACCUUAGAGGUGAAGAAACCGAGUCCCCUGCUUCAGACAAAGUGACAGGCAUGUUAUAGUUCAAUAUAUCUGAUGAACUGAAUGGCUUUUAACAAAAAAAAAAAAGAAUCUGCAGUUUAGAGAAGGAGCAGGAUUCGGAUAAUUUGCCUAACCUUCCAUAGUAUCUGAGAUGCACAGACAAAAACAAUAAAAGGCUGCACCUAAAAAUAGAGCAACAUGACACUGAUCACUGAUUCAUAGCGGCUUGCUUUCUCCUAAAAUAAAGCCAGAGCUUUCUCCUCCCACUGUUGCUGUAAUGCCCCCUGCUCCCUUGAUGGCAAGGCAGGGUAGACUGCAUGCUGUGGUAUGCCCUCAGUAGAAAUUUGUGAAUGUGUAGGAGCAUUAUUGCAAUUUUGUACUUAAUUGGACACUUUCCUUUGCCACAUCUAGCUGACGCCCCCCCCCCAGUUAAAUCAAAGCCUAUAGAGAUCAUAUAUUUAUGUUGUCCUUUUUCUUCUUUUGUUUUUUUUUUUAAAUCGUCACUGAAUCUUCUUUGGCUUCACCCCCCCCCUCCCCCCCCCCCAUUCAGAGCGAGGAUUGGUGGCGGUGUCUCCACACGCCGCCCUCAGUUAUUUUAACUCUGAGCUGCUCGAGAUCACCUGUGCAGACGCAGGGAAGCACAGCGACGUGACCUCUCCUGAUGGUAUGUGUGUGAAGGAGGAGAUUGUGGUGUUUAACUGUAGAGGUGUUUCACUAAAAUGCAUGAUUUUAUGUCAGGAUUAGAAGUUAGCCAUGCAGAUCUCAAAAAGACAGGAGUUGGUCUGAUCUUUAACUCUGUGUGUGUGUGUGUGUGUGUGUCAGCUCCAAGGGAAACGGCACCUAUCGAGCGACCAAUAAUUAAAAAGGUGUAGAUCCUCUUAGCGACAGCAGCAGCAGUGAGAAAGUCAAUCUCUUCUUUGAAAAGACGCAUUGAUAGGGAGGAUAGUUAAAUUGAAAUCUUAGACUGGAAAUCCAUCUCGGCUUGUGUGUGCACGUGUGUGUCCAUGUGUGUUUGCCCAUUGAAUCCGGCGCCAAAGUUCAGAUCACGAUAUUAAUGAAUACUUUGCCCCUUGUCCUUGCCUGUCAGUGGUAGUAAAAAUCUAUGCUGCCUUCAUCCCACUUCAUAGCCAUGUUAGUUUUGUAUCAAUUACACACACACACACACAGAGUGACAAUGGCGUUUCCUUGGAGAUGUACAGUUGCGCAAGUUGAGGCCUCUGUCUGCAGUCCAAUCCUCCUCUUCACUGUUUCCAAGUCUUCUCUUGAUCAUCACCUCCUCCUUUUUUUUAAAAAAAAACCAACAAAAAAUCAUGCCAUCUAUUGUUUACUGCCUUUGUCUCACUUUAAUUUUUAUUUUUAUUUUUUAAAAACAAAAUAUAUCAAAUAUAGGGAAACUUUAUUAUAAAGAGGGUGUUGCAUGAAUGUAUGUUUACAUGGGAAAUUAUGUAAAAUAAAAAAAAAAAAGAUGAUUUAUCUAACGGGAAAAAAAAAAAACACAACUUGCAAAGAUAAUUUAAGAAUGUUGUUUGUAGAGAUUCCUAGUUAUAAAGGGCAGUGGACAGGGCUGCGUCUUUAGAAUCUGCCUUGUCAAAUUUGACUUAGUCCCAGCCAACCAACUGCUCCAACCCCAUCAGACCUCAGUCCCAUCUUCACUUUAAUUGCCCCCAUGUCCCCACACAUCGGUGUGUCAUUUUUACUCCCCAGUCAAUUAAAAAGAAAGCACCCUCCAUCCUCGGUGCUUGUGUAAAGAAAGCUGUAUGACCACUUGACCUCAGUAACUCCGUCCUGCAUCUGAGUCAAAAGGAAAAAGCGUCAGGCCCACUCUCUUAGCUUUUUGGGGAACACCUCCUGUUCUUGUCCCUCUCUCUUUUCAUUUGAACUCACCCUCGACCUCUUUAUUUCCUCCAAAGAAUCGCAUCAUUAUUAUUAUUGUUCUGUUUGGAAUGUGUGUUAUGUUUUAAAGUAUCUCAUCUGUGUGCAAUUCCAAUAAGAUGUGUUUAAAAUGCCUAAAGAGCGAAGCAGAAUGUAGGAUUGAAAUGAUCUUGUACUCCAUUCUGACCUCUUAUUUUUCUUUUCUUUUUCUUUGGUUUUUUUUUUUCUUCUUUUCUUUGUUUUGUUGUUUUUCUGUUGACAUACGAUGCUGCAAUGUUGGCAAAAAAGAACAUGUAAAAUCCUGUACCAUUUAUGAAAUAUGUAUAAAAGAGAAAUGUAAUUCAAUUAUCAAUAAAAUCCUUAUCCAGGUUUUGGAGAAAGUGG